GAUGGAUGGAUGUACCUAAAUAAAUAUUCCCCAUAUAUUAAAGGUUAAUAUUUGAAAAAUAAGCUGUUGCACAUAUUUAUAGAAAAAUGUUACAUGUAAUUUUUAGAGAAGACAAUCCUAUUAAAAGGUAAUAUUCGAAAAAACUCUACACGCGUUAGAUGCGCCCCUGAUUUUACUAACGUCUUGUGAAAAAUAGUUUGUGCGGAUAUUUUAAGCACUGCGCCAGCGCGGCAUCUAUAUUUGUCCAGGAAUCCAUCGAAUCAUCCAUCAGUUCAUUCCUCCAUCCGUCCAUCCACGGAGAGACACACGCGGCCUCCCACGGCACGCGUCCGCCUACGUCACGCGCCAGGAAUGCGAUGACGAGAGCACGGGCCUGUGGAAAAAGGCAGAAUCCCCGAGAAAAAAUGAGAGGGUAGGGAAAACACUGACGGAAAAAAGGGAAGCCCGACAAACUGCGAAAAGUUUGUUUUGAGAGUUCAGUGCCGGCUGGGAGCGAAACCAGGGAAGGAUUGACAAGUGGAAUUCGCACGUCUGGCGGGGCGCAACAAGUGCUGGAGGAUUGUGCGAGAUACUCAAACAUGAGAAACGUGAGCACAAGGAGACUGUAGCGAAAAGGGGCACUUCAGCAUUUAAAAGAAUUCAGAGAUGUCUGGUCCGACCUGGCUACCACCCAAGACCAUGGGAAGUCCGGAGAGACCCGGCCCUCACGUGUCGCAGGCUGGCUCAGGCUUUUACAGACCCCCUCAGAAGGUAGCCGGGGAAAGCCGGCCCAGAUACGGAGCCUACGACCAGAACGGCAGCGCCAGCGGGAUGGGCGCCAGGUUCAUGGCAGCGGGACCCUCAGGAGGGGUCACGACAUUCCCUGAGGAUUCUGGGUCACCCGGCUUCCGCCCACUCUCACCCAAGUCCAGCGACCACUAUUAUGGCUCCAAAGAGGACCGCUCCCCCUGGAAUCCGCACAUGGGCCCGUACAGCUCGCAGAACCGAGGUCCAGACAAGCCUGGAGGACACCUCACCAACAUCGAUGCAGAGAUUGACUCGUUGACCUGCAUGCUGGCAGACCUGGACAGUCGCCCCCAGAACUCAAGAACACAGGUGUAUGACAACGUGCCUUACACUAAGCACCUUCCGGCGGAGCGAUACAAGCCUGUGGCCCAGACUGGCACGCCCCCCCUGGGCCGGUCCUCUGUGGGAUAUGGCCCAUAUUCCCCCUCCCCAUACCAUCUGGGAUCUCCCUAUGCCGGGGAAGCCCCGGUCACUGGCCCCCAGCAGGAGUACCUCUACUCCCCCCCGCCGAGGCAGUACCCCCAGCCCGUGCCGGCCUCCUACAGCACUGCCUCCACCCCCAUGGGCCCCCGCUUCAGCGUGCAGGUCAGGACAGCGCAGCCGGUGACCUACUCACAGCCGGGCCAGCACGCCGAGCAGGCCUAUGCCCCCCCUCCACCUCGGCCACAGGACACCCCGCACUCCUACCCUGAAGCUACUCCAGGACAGGCGCCUUGGUACCCCAUCUCGGCCCGGGAACAGGAGCCCGUGGGUGUCUACAAAGGGGGUGCUGUUGGUACAGGCCCCCGGUCCAGCCAGGGAUCCCUGCCAAAGAGGAGCGCUGACGCACAGCCCCCAACCCCCAGCCAUGGGCCCACCUACCCCGCUGGCAAGGGGGCUGUACCGAGGCCAGAAGAGGAGCUGGAGAGGUUGACUAAGAAACUGGUGUACGACAUGAAUCACCCCCACACUGAGGAGUACUUUGGACGCUGUGCACGCUGCGGCAACAACGUGCUGGGUGACGGCAGCGGCUGUGUGGCCAUGGAGCAGGUCUUCCAUGUCGACUGCUUCACCUGCAUCACAUGCCACACUCGCCUGCGCGGACAGCCCUUCUACGCGCUAGACAAGAAGAGCUACUGCGAAAGCUGCUAUAUCAGCACGCUGGAGCGCUGCACCAAGUGCUCCCAGCCCAUCCUGGACCGCAUGCUACGUGCCAUGGGCAAGGCGUACCACCCGCGUUGCUUCACCUGCGUGGUGUGCGGCUGCUGCUUGGACGGCGUGCCCUUCACUGUGGAUGCAACCUCGCAGAUCCACUGCAUUGACGACUUCCACAGGAAGUUCGCCCCACGGUGCUCAGUGUGUGGUCAGGCCAUCAUGCCGGAGCCGGGCCAGGAGGAGACUGUGAGGAUCGUAGCUCUGGACCGUAGCUUCCACGUCAACUGCUACAUGUGUGAGGAAUGCGGCCUGCUGCUGUCGUCGGAGGGGGAGGGGCGCGGCUGCUACCCACUGGACGGUCACAUCUUGUGCAAGAGCUGCAGCGCCCGCCGGAUCCAGGACCUGUCUGCCAAAAUCUCCACCGACUGCUAGCGCCGCCCUGACACCCCCGUUUCACGCCCCCGUUUGUGUCCUAUUUCAUUUCUGCUGAGGAACCUUCCUGCCCAGGAGAAGACAGUGCCCUUGCUGACCAAGAUGUUACAGUUUAACUGGGCUACAAAAACAUGCAUGGGCACCAGACCAUCUCAAAGUCAUUGUCAGGCCAGCUAUUCCACAAAAGCCUGGUCGUCACCUCCGGCUGCCUUGAAGUGGCCCUUCUGGUUUGUAUAUCUGGGGGUAGAGGGAGGGUACAACCCUGCUGCCCAUCUUAAUGGCUACCUGCUCAAUUGCUACAUGGUUUUGUGUUUCCUGUCCUGUUCCUCUGCAGUUUUAAUCUGCAGCCUGCAGGAGGCACUGAAAUUUAAGUAAGACCCAUUUCACAUACAAAUUUGUAGUCCCACUAAUCAGCUGCUUCAUAGAUAUUCAGUGUCCGUACAGGUAGAAGACCAGAGCUAAUAUUUUGAGCAACGUAAUAGAUCUAAGGUACACCAUGGAAAGGAUUUACACGAAUGAGCAAAAGGUUCCUGUGCUGUAUGUUGAGAGGUGUCCAGCCUUUAGAUGUAAAGUCUGCAUCCUGUCACUAGCCCCGGUCAUGUGAUUGUAAAGGUAGCUCCAGUGGCUUAUGGGAUAGGGCACUGUCUGCUGUUGGAAUAAAGUCACAGAAACACCUUAAGGGGGGGGGUGCCCUGCUAAUAAUGGACAAUGUUCUCUGAGCCCAACACUAUUUUUUAUUUUAUUGUUUUUUUGCUUUUUUCCCCGUCCAUGUGAGUCAUACGGCUUUUUUGUUCUAAAUUUGGGAUGAAUCCCUCUCCUAGAGUGUAGAAUGUCACUUUUUUAUGUUUUUUUUUUUUAUUAUUUUUUUAUCAGAACUUUUCAGUGGAAUCUAGUGGGCGAGGAGCACUUGCUGACAUGGAACUUGAGCACUGAGAAUGUACUUGGAACAACUUAGUGUAACUGAGAUCCUUGUUUUCUACAUUUAGAAGUGUAGAAUAUGAAGGUUCUCUUUUGAUUGCUCAGUCAUGUUAAUGUGUGUUAUUUUUUUCCAGUUUUAUAAGUCGCAUAGAGCUGAAAGAGGUUUCAUUUUUUUGGUUGACUAUUGUUGGAGUCAGUUUAUUUGUUGCUGCAUUUUGCAUAGUUUUUUUUGGUUGUUUGUUUAAUCCUUGGGCAGAUGUGAGAGGUAUACAGAAAUCUGUGCUUUGGAGAUGCCUUUUCUGGACUGGAGUGAUGAUGUCACAGAAAUUGUUUCUUCGAAUGGUGCGAAAGACCCUGCCGAUGCGAAAAUGUUAAGACUGGAAGCUCAGGGAAGACUUUAGAACCUUCUGUGCCCUGGAAUAUUUCACAUUGAUAGCCUCCAUCGAGAUCUCAUUUUUGUUUGUAAUUGCAUUUUUUUUCAUUAAGGAUAUUAUUUUGAGCUACGUGUUUUACUUUUAGUGGAGUUAAUUUUGUUAGGUUUCUCCAGUACUGUGGUAUAUUUUUCUGCUCCCGCACCGACUGGGUGUUCGCCUUUCAAUGGGGAGUGUAGAGUAGCGUCUGAUGGUGUAGGACAGUCCACCGGUCUUGAUGGCAUGCCUGUUCCCCAUCAUCUUCCAGAAGGUGCGCUCUCACCCAUGGAUUGUGUCUCGUGGGCCUAACUUGUGGUUGGCAUGCUGCUCGCUACAGGGCUGAGCGCGUGUGCUUGUUCCCACAUAAAGGACCUUAACCAUAGCUGCAGGCUGUUUGAGGCAAUUGUCUUUAGCUUUGGCUUAAGUUGAUUGUAGGAAGCUCCUAAUAAAGCCAUUCAUUUUUA